AGAGGAUUCUCAGCUAGCAUAUCUGCAUUUAUGGAAUGGCUGAAUCAACUGUAGCUGUUAAACACCAUCUCUCCGAUUUGCUACAUGGAUUCUCGGGCGUAGGAUCAAAGAUCGCGAAAGGUUCCGCUUGCUUGAUUUCAAGUUAAAAAAAGAUCCAACGGCUCAGAACCAUUUAACUUUAAUAUUUGAUCCUAACGUCUAACGUAUUUUCUCAAAGGGUUUGGCGUAAGCAAUGGAGGACGAUAGCUGACACCAUGUCUAUUUUCUCGAGAAAAUGACCCUCGAGAGAAAAUGGGCGAGAAAAUAAAAGGUUAAUCUCUGAACGUCUAUCAGCAGUCACUGGUUGUUUUUGAAACAGAUUUAACCUUGUUGUACCAUCUAAAUUUUAUGGUGCUGAGCAUUUGGUACAAAAGACAAGUCUGAUUUUUUUUCCUGGAAGAGAAGUUUGAGUAGUACAGAAAAUUGGAAAUACUUUUACAGCUGAUCUAUGCUUUCCCUAUACAUAGUUUUGUGGGCAGACUUAGAUGGAUGUUCCUUCAUUGGAAUCACAUAGCAAUAUCCAAACUGAUCGAUACCCUUUGUUAAUGGAGCCGAUGGAAAGAAGUGAUGAUCAUGAGCACAUCAUUGACAUUGCAAGAGGUGACAAUGCUUCAUCAAGCACAGCUCAUGAUGAUCAACUUCCUAGACCGGAUCCAGCACAGGGUGAAGGCAGACUGUCUGGUAGCAUGCAGGCUGCUGCUCAUCAAACUUCUUUGUCUACGUCAAACAGAUUGAAUUCCAGGACCUCUUCAUUCAUGAGGAGAGGUGAUGGUUAUGGUCGUCGCCGCAGGAGCCCUUUGAAUUCUGGGCUAUGGAUUUCUGUGGAGCUAAUUGUCACUGUGAGCCAGAUUAUCGCGUCUGUUGUUGUUUUAUCUCUAUCAAGGCAUGAAAAUCCACAGGCCCCACUGUUUUCAUGGGUUGUGGGUUAUGCAUCUGGUUGUGUUGCAACCCUCCCUAUCCUUUAUUGGCGUUAUCGCAACCGCAACCAGGGUACGGACCAAGAUUCAACUCAGUCACGCCAGGGAUCUUCUCAAGGCAACCGUUCUUCUGAACCUGCUUCAUACACAGCUAUCUCAGUUAGUCAAGCCUUAACAGGGGAAAACAAUCAGACCAGUGGAACAACUACAACAAAUAAUCAAGAUGCAAGAAGCUUGAGUGCACGACUCAAUGGACUAGUGGAUCAUUUCAAGAUGGCAUUAGAUUGCUUCUUUGCAGUUUGGUUUGUUGUGGGCAAUGUGUGGAUCUUUGGAGGACACUCUUCUCCUUCUGAUGCUCCCAAAUUGUACAGGUUAUGUAUAGUUUUCCUUACCUUUAGUUGCAUUGGAUAUGCCAUGCCAUUCAUACUCUGUGCAACAAUCUGUUGCUGCUUACCUUGUAUAAUUUCAAUCCUGGGUUUCCGAGAGGAAUUUUCUCAAACUAGAGGAGCCACCCCAGAAUCCAUUAAUUCUUUGCCGACCUACAAGUUUAAGUCCAAGAAAAAUGAUAGUGUUGAAGAGCAGGAAAUCAAUUCAGGAGCAGGUGAAGGUGGGGUAUUGGCUGCCGGAACCGAAAAGGAGCGUGCCAUAUCAGGAGAAGAUGCGGUAUGUUGUAUAUGCUUGGCAAAAUAUGCAGACAAUGAUGAGCUGAGGGAACUACCCUGCUUCCAUUUUUUCCACGUGGAGUGUGUGGAUAAAUGGCUGAAGAUUAAUGCGCUGUGUCCCCUUUGUAAAUGUGUGGUUGGCGAGAGCAGUGCAGCUUCUCCAUCAGCUAUGAACUCUGGCCAGCUUCGGGGAGAGGAGAGUGGGUAAUGGUUUCUUAACUCAAGGCAGAUAUAUGGAAGCACUGCAUUAUAAACCUGAUUUCUAAAAGCCCCGUCUGCUGCACACUCAAGGAGGUUCAUAUGGUUGAAAUUUGUGGAGCCUGCCGAUUCUAUUUUGCAAAUUUACAUAUUUAACAGGGCAGAGACAGUGAUCUCAGUGAGUUUGGUAUUGCAAUUUUAUGAGCCUGCCAAUUCCAUUUUUGCAUACUGAUGUAUUUAAUAGCUGUUGUGAUACCAGAAGUUGAUUCAGCUGCAGCGUGAGGUGGGGAUACGGGCUACUUGUAUCUGAGACGCAAAAAAGUUUGAAUUAUAGUGAUGGAAUAAAUAUAUAGCUCUUUAAGUAGUGCUUUCACUUGUGAGGAUAAUUUAGCUGGAUUGUAAGGUGUUCUGCAGUGUUUUUUUUUUUUUUUUAUUCAACAAAAAUGAAAAUUAGUCCCUUUGGUGCUA